UGCAUCACAGAAGACGAGGAACUAAUUAAGACUCACCACAAUUUGAUGUAGCCUAUAAACUGAAGAACUUCAUGUGGGAUGUUCCACCUGUUUUGAGGCUGUUAAACCAGACAGUGGAACGCGUGAUUUUUACAAGAAACUUCUGAUGCAAAGAGCAGAUGACCAGUAAGCAAGCUGAACAAGAAAUCUGCAGUCUUCUGUUCUGUCAACUAACUGCAAAAACUACCAACAGCCUUGUUGCAAGUUGAAUUACUUGCAAUUAUUGAACUUUCCUCAGCUGACUAAAUGUGAUCUAACCUGCUCUCAAAGAAAGCUUGAUUUCACAGUGGAAGCAGGUUGUCUCUGACAUAAAGAGAUGAAACGAGAACGUUUUGAGCCCCCGGAACCAGAUGACCCUCUGUGCUGCUGUGGAGACAUCGACCAGCAAAGAGAGUACUGCUGCUGUGACUGUGAAGAACUCGAUGAUGCCUGUGAAAGGUUAGUCAGAGGAGAGCCAGACAAGCCAGACAUCUUCUCUCGUUUCAUCUCUUGUAUGGCUGAUCGUUUGGGUUUGCCAUGUUGUGCCAUAGGACCCCUUCGAUUGGAAAUCUCUGUUUUACCUCCCAUGGUAUUAAUUCCUGGCCUGUUGCGAGUAGCAGCAAUUAACUGUAUGUUGGGAGUUGUAGUCCUAACUGUCCUACCAGGACUGGUGCUUUGGUAUUACUAUGUGACUCACAGAAGGAAAAGACGCACAUUGUUUUUCCUUAGCUUGGCACUUUUCUCCCUUGCCUACAUGUACUACCUUUUCCUUACUGAGAUCGUUCCCAGAGGAGACAUCAGUAAUCUGCAGCUGGUUACUGUGACGACAGGCAUGAUGUUGACGCUUAUCUCCCUUGUGCGAACCAAACAAGGACCAGGCUUUGUCAAAUCCCAAUCAUUAGCUCAGGGAAUUAACAGUAUCUGUACAACCAAUCAGAGCACAAACAUACCUGGAGACUCCGCCCCCUGCAAAGGAAUCAGCCAGUCAAAUGGGGAAAAGGAAGGAAAGAAGAAGUUAUGCCCUGUGUGCCUACAGGUGCGCCCACCAAGGGCAGGGCACUGCAGAAUCUGUGGGGCAUGUGUCCUUCGAAUGGACCACCACUGUGUUUGCUUUGUCAAAUCCCAAUCAUUAGCUCAGGGAAUUAACAGUAUCUGUACAACCAAUCAGAGCACAAACAUACCUGGAGACUCCGCCCCCUGCAAAGGAAUCAGCCAGUCAAAUGGGGAAAAGGAAGGAAAGAAGAAGUUAUGCCCUGUGUGCCUACAGGUGCGCCCACCAAGGGCAGGGCACUGCAGAAUCUGUGGGGCAUGUGUCCUUCGAAUGGACCACCACUGUGUUUGGAUGAACAGCUGUGUAGGUCAAGCCAAUCACAGGCAGUUCAUUUUGACGCUCCUUCUUUUCCUGGUGACAUCGUUCUAUGGGAUCAGUUUGGUGUUACGGAGUGUUUGUCCACGACAGAGUCUAGUCACAGCCAUGUUAUACUGCCCUGGAGUCUAUAACCAAUACAGCACAGCGCUGUGCUUUACAUGUGUGUGGUACAGCGUUCUCAUAACAGGCGGUCUGCUCCACCUGUUCAUCCUUCAGAUCAUCAAUGUCAGUUACAACGUAACAGAACGCGAAGCUCAGAUUACUUUGCGCAACAAAACUGGCAGACGACGCUUCUGUGGCCUGGUUGUGGAGACUGGCAUGUAUUCACGAGGCUUCCUCCAGAACUGGAUUCAGUUCCUCACAAUGAACACGGAUGAGAACGGUUCCCCUUUCACCUUCACAGUCAUGGUAUGA